GUCUGCCCGUUGGCCACUUGCCAGCGCAUGAAGCAACGCCGAAUUAUUUAUCCUACGUUGCGUGCUACGCAGCUCAAUCGAGCAGAUCUCGCAGGCGGAGUUCCGCACACUGGCUAACGCCUAAGGCCGGAGUUCGCGAUUUGGAGCUGCUAAAUUCCGAGCGCGGUUGCAGUUCGUGGCCAACGAACCAAGAUCUGAGAGACGGCCAAAUGCAGUAACUGAAGCCUUCCUUCCCUUAUCAUUAACUUCGUCUUGCUAAGGCAGUGCGUAUUCGUGUCGCGACGCCACUUAUCUCCGUGGGAUUUGUCUUCCAUUCACCUCGCCGCCAAAUGCAGCGUUUGAAGAAGGAUAGCCGCAUAUUAAACGCUACACUUCAACCUCGUACUAUUGUGCUAAGCUGCAGCAAUCUCACUCAGCUUUACGCUUCAUCGCGUUAGUCAACACGCCACAACCAACAACAACCCCUUUAACCAGAGCCGACACGAAAAUGACCUUCCCGUACAAGAAAGUCCUCAUCAUCGGCGCCACGAGUGGCAUCGGGCUCGAGCUGGCCGAGCACCUCGUCAAAGACGGCGCGGUGGUGAUCGCGGCGGGCCGGCGACGGGACCGCCUCGAAGCCUUUGUGUCUAAGCACGGCGCGGGCAAAGCCUUUGGGGAGGUCCUUGACCUCACCGACAUCAACAGCCUCCCCUCGUUUGUGCAGAGCAUCAUAGAGACGCACCCCGACCUCGACUGCGCCGUCUUCAACGCAGGCGUGCAGAACAUCAUGGACUUUAGCCGGCCGCACACGGUCGACCUAGCCAAGAUCCAGCGCGAGGUCACGGUCAACUACGUCAGCAUGGUGGCGCUGACGCACGGCUUCCUGCCAUUCUUCCAGGCCAAAGCCGCGCAGGGGGAGACAGCGACCAUAGUGUACACAAGCACGUCGCUCAUCGCCGUGCCAUACCCGCCCGCCAUCAACUACUGCGCGUCAAAGGCGGCGCUGCGCUCGUUUGUGCUCAGCGUGCGCGAGCAGCUCAAGCGGCGCGUCACCGAGGCCAGCCCGACCUCGGUUAAGCUGGUCGAGAUCAUCACACCGCUGGUGCAGACCGACCUGCACGCGGGCCAGCCCGGCUGGGCGCCCGACUUUAACCCGGGCAUGCCCGUGGUGCCGUUCGUCGACGCCGUCGUGGCGGGCCUCGCGGCUGGCGACGAAAUCAUUGCCGUUGGGCCGGCGCAGGCCAUCUACGACGAGUUCGAGGCUGAGAGGAGCCGGCGCGUCCGACCGCACUGGGACAUGAUACGGGGGCAUUUGGGGGGGGCGCACCAGUUUGCCUGACAGGAAAGGUGAUGGGCGUCGGUCCCUGGGCGAAUCGAUCCAGGACCGAGCACUGAUAGUGAGGUCAUAAUGUCAUUGGGUGUCGGCCACACACAUAACCCUUCUACAGUUGGAUUUUGGAGUGUUCUAAUUAGCUGCUUUUGUAGCAAGGCGGAGGUGAGGCCAAAGAUGUAUCCCAAAAUCCAACCAAACGAAGCAGAAGGGCCUAAGGAACUGAGAUAAUAUCUACCAUGUAAUCGACUCCC